AUGGGCGCCUUUAGCCUUCUUUUUGUCCUCUUGACCUCGUUGGUUUCCACCACGGUGACUCAGAUACCCUUUCCUCAUUCUAGACAGCCUGUCCUCUCUGUCGAGGUUCUUCCUCCUCUUCCAACCUCUGUUGCUCCCGAGCCGACGACUGUCUUGACUGUGGACUGUCUCUUCUGCUCUGUUACUGAUGGUGAGGACGUAUCUUCUGUCACCGAGUGGGAUCCUAGUGUCAUUACGAUUACGGAGAAACUCACGGUCAUCACAGAUGAGUUUACUCGAGAGUACAGCACCACAUAUGGGAAGGCUUCGGAGACGAUCAUCUGCGCGCCGCCAUGUCAAACACUUGUCACUGUCCCUUGGAGGAGUGGCGAGUCUAAAGCUGCCGCAGCUACUCCAUCGCCGAUAAUGACAUCGUGCAUCACGAUAUGGAAUACUCCUAUCCCUUCGGUAGAGACGUGGACUUCUCCAUACCUGUCAACCUCGACAUCAUGUUCGACUACUUCCACGCAUAUGUCUCCCUGGACAUGGGAACAGCCUGGUUCCUCGGCCUCGAGUGAGCUGGCUUCGAGCGAACUUGGUCUUCCCCCUUUGAGUUCAGCCGAGGCAGAGGAACCGACGGUAACUCAUGUACCAGAGGUGACAGGCACAUUCGUCCUGCCAAGCAAGACGAAGUUGACUCUCCCAUGGUCCUUUGUAUCUAUCGAGACAUCGUCUACCACUGAGACAUUGACAGAGCCGGUGACUGAGGAAGUCCCCAUCUCGGGGCCUUGUACAACAGACAUCACGGUGACGAUGACAAAGACAAUCACCGAGACAUGGGAGUCCAAGACCCCGUCAACGGCGACGCUGCUCCGUACUAUAUCGACCACCAUAGAGACAGUUCUUGUGGAGGCAUAUUCUACGUCGACGGGAGAAGUCGUGGUCGAAGGUACGAGGACGGAGUUGACUACGGUCGAGGCAGUGAGUUCGGGUGCAGGUUGUUCUGAGGCGACAGGCAAAUGUUGUGCAGCAUGCUCAGUCACAGCUGAGUCUGAGUCUGCAAGCGUCGAGACGAUAUCUUCGACGUUUGUGUCAACUCUCAUGACUGUCGAGGAGUAUGUGUCGUCUGCUGGGGGUUCAGUAGUACCAGCCCCGUCGGAGACUUGGGUCCCAGGAAGCGAGGUUUCAUCUCCCACCACCUCAAUGACACUCGUAGAAAAGACUACUGUAUCUGGAUCGGAGACCGAGACGGAUGGUCCAACGUCCGUUCAGACUGCGGGAGCCGCUCAUGUGACGGCGGCGAUGGGGAUAGGGGCUAUCUUUGGCAUAAUGGGUUUAUUGGCUUGA